UAACCCAGCCGCUUGCCAUGCGGCUCCUGAGCCUUGCUUGCCUGCUGGGCUGCCUGUGUGCCACCUUUGGUGCUGAGGGAGAACUCUGGGCCAGCUCGGGAGAGGCAGCCUAGAAUCCAGUCUUCCCAAUAAAACUGAUUGGUGACAGCCCCAAAGCAGACCAGGAAAAUGUGGCAUUAGCUGUUGGAACUCCCUGCCUCAAGACGUGGUGAUGCCCAGUCUUGCGAGGGUCGCUGCGACAAGGGCUUCGAUGCCCAGAAGAAAUGCCAGUGUGAUGACCUGUGUGUCUACUACCAAAGCUGUUGCAGCGACUAUAUGACCACCUGCAAAUCCAAAGUGACCCGUGGAGAUGUGUUCGUACAGCCAGAGGACGACUAUCUGGAUUAUGACAUCCCCAACGCCACGACCCCCGAGCCCACCAACAGCGCCCCACAGACAAUGACGUUCCUCACGUAUGACUAUCUGUGGUCGGAAGGACCCACCGAGUGGGUAGCCAAGCCUACAGAGGCAGCCCCUUUGCUUGAGACAGAAGCCCCCACCUACACGCCAGAAGAGGAGGUCUUGUGCAGCGGGAAACCUUUUGAUGCCUUCACCAGCCUGAAGAACGGCUCCAUCUACGCUUUCCGUGGGAAGUAUUUCUAUGAGCUGGAUGAGAAGAGUGUGAGGCCCGGAUACCCCAAGCUCAUCGAAGAGGUGUGGGGCAUUGAAGGCCCCAUCGAUACUGCCUUCACCCGCAUCAACUGUGAGGGGAAGACCUACAUCUUCAAGGGCAGCCAGUACUGGCGCUUUGCUGAUGGAGUCCUGGAGCCAGAUUUUCCCCGCAACAUCUCUGAUGGUUUCAAUGGAAUCCCAGAGGAUCUUGACGCAGCUUUUGCAUUGCCUGCCCAGAACUACAUUUCGAGCGAGAGAGUCUACUUCUUCAAAGAGAGGAAAUACUGGUCCUACGAUUUUGCCAACCAGCCGAGCCGUGAGGAGUGCGAGGGGACGUACCCAUCGCUGGUCUUUGACCACUACGCUGUCCUGCAGGAAGACAGCUGGGAGGAGAUUUUCCGGGUGCUUUUUGGAGGAAGCCGGCGCAGUGGAGCCAGCAGACCACAGUACAUCAGCCGCGAUUGGCGAGGGGUUCCUGGCCGGCUGGACGCAGCAAUGCUCGGGCGGAUCUAUGUGGCACAGAGCCCCCCCCAGCGCCGCUCCAGGAAGAAGUCAUCGCGCCGGCACCGUAGGAAGUUCCGCCGGCGCCAACACUGGGGCCUCCGGAGUGACUGGGAUUGGCAGGGCGAUGCCAGCUCGGAGUCCUCGGACCUGGACUGGCUGCUGGGCGGAACCACCCCGUGCCGCCCCUUCCAGAGCGUCUACUUCUUUGUUGACAACAAGUACUAUCGCCUCAACCUGGACACACGGCGUGUGGAUUUUGUUUACCCCAGGUACCCACGCCCCAUCGCCAAGUACUGGCUGGGCUGCCCGUCUGAUGAGGAUCGUGCCUGAAUCCAGCCAGAGAGCCCUCCACACCGACAGCAACAGCGGCCAAAUAAAGCCUUGAGUUCCAAAAGCUA